AUGGCGAUCGUGAUCACUGAGACCGACGCGGAGGAAGAGAAGGAAGUCAACUAUGAGCCCGUGGGCACUGUAUGCGACUUCCGUAAUCUCUACCAGACCAAACCCGACGAAGAUGGAAACCGAUCAUGGACCAGAGAUAUCCCAUCCGACCUGCCCGAGCCCGCGGAAGAUGCAGACUCUGCCCAAUACGCCCUUCUCGUCCGCAAGGAAAAGUGCUUCGAUGGGCGGAAGAGUCUGUCCGUUCAUUCGAUUGUCGUGCAAAGUGAACAUCUCAAGGGUUUCCUAGGAAAAGUACUAGACAAGUACCCAGGUGUCACGACAACUCUUGAUCGUCUAGAAUUCACAGCCCCCUUUCGGCCCUUCGUUCAUCGAUGGGAAGAGAUCAUCCGUCUGCGCGAUGAAGAGGAAGACCCCGUUACCAAGGCCCAUGUUGACCUCUUUUAUCGCAUCAUGGAUGAGGAACUACGCGACGUGAUCGACCACAAAAAGGACCUGGUGGCCAACGGCGUCAUCACGUACCCGCUAGCCUGGACAAUCAUGGAGCCCCACGACGUGGUCAUCUCCUCGGUGGGAGGUCUGCUCCGUGGACAUCAGUUUAGCACCAUGAUGCUCACCAAGUGCGGGUGGCAGCUGUACGCCGACCACAUUGAGUUCGACGGAAAUCGCUUUGGACAUACUUCCGAGGAAUUUAUGAUUCCCCCAUUCAACGGCACCGUCCCAAUCACCUCCCUCGCUAUAUUCCCUCUAAAGUACCACCCGGAGAAGGAAACUAUUCGCGAGGUGUUGUCUGCGCGUGGAAAACGAUGGGAAGAACACAAGGGGUACCACUUCAAAGCAUACGACGGAUCCGCUAUCAGCAGAGACUACCAUGAAGACGAUCUGAAUGCAAGAGAUACCAGAUACCACGUCAAAGGCCGUAUCAUCAUCGACGCCGACGCAUACAACAUCUUCCAUCCAAACGGCACUAUCAACGUGGACAGCCAUAUCGACGAAGAUGAAUUGACCGAUGCCCAGCGCCUGAUCGCCUCCCCUAUGGUUUACGGCUACUCGCUCAAAGACAAAGAAUGGCUCAUCUUCCACCUAGAGAGCUCGAAUGAGAUCGUCUGGGAUGACCGUGCCUUCGAAUCACUGGUCCUACCGAAAGAGCAGGAAGGAUUAAAGGAGGUGAUCUUGGGCGUUGCGAAAGCUCACUCCAAGCGAUUGGACUCGUUUGACGAUGUUGUCCAGGGUAAAGGCCGAGGCAUCAUUAUGCAACUCGCCGGUCCUCCUGGUGUCGGUAAGACUCUUACAGCAGAGAGUGUCGCCGAGGUCAUGAAAGUGCCUCUAUAUGUGAUGAGUGCUGGCGACCUCGGGAUGGAGGCUAGUAGUGUGGAGCGGAGUCUGAAGCAAAUUUUGAAGGCGGUGCCCAGAUGGGGUGCUGUUCUCUUACUCGAUGAGGCGGAUGUCUUUAUGGAGGCUCGUGAUGCGACCGAUCUGGCUCGAAAUGAGCUUGUGUCGAUUUUCUUGAGAAUGCUGGAAUACUACGAGGGCAUCCUCUUCUUGACCACCAACCGCGCCCAGAACAUCGAUCCGGCCUUUGAAUCUCGUAUUCAUAUCUCCCUCAACUACCAGGAGCUCGAUACGAUUUCGAGACGCCAUAUCUGGAGACAGUUCCUGAGCCGCUCGAGUGAAGCUUUCACUGAUGAACAGAUUGAUCAGAUGGCCGAGGUUCAAUUAAAUGGUCGCCAGAUUAAGAAUGUUAUCAAGACGGCUGGUCUUCUGGCGUGGUCCAAGGAGGCUGAGCUUGGAUAUGAGCACCUCAAGACCGUGCUGGCUUUGCGGGAUCAGUGA